AUGGCCUCGGCGAAGAAACGAGUGGAGAUGGCGAUGGCGUCGAAGGCGAAACUGCAAACAGCAACAACAAACACCCCGUUCGUACAAAUCAACACCCAUGUUGACGAUCCGCAAAAAUCACUGGAGGAGCUCUUUUCGGCCGGCAUGCGAACACAUGGCAAGCAUUUUGAGCGCAAAAAGCGACCAGUGUCAUCGCUCAAAUCACACGUCUCGUCCACGGAAGGUUCCAGUGAUGAUGGACUUGGCUCCAGUGGCCGCCAUACUUUGAGUCCAAGUUCAGCAUCAGCGACACAGUUGAAUGCUGCUUACCAGGGGCCGUAUCAUCCAAGACAGAGCUCGGCGCCAGCUCUGAUCAACUAUGAAGACACUGUUACGAAUCGUCUGGCUCCGGCUCCAGUAAAUGCGCCCUCGAAAUCGUUGAGUGCUGUGGCGGUAUCCAAUGUUGGUGAACAGUUUCAAGUCACGUCGCAUCGUGCGGCAAAAAGUUGUGAUCUGGAUUGUGAGCCGGGCCGACAUUUCGAUCCAAAUUUCGCUCCUCAAGGACAGGCCUACUACGUCGAUAAUGGAACGAAAGCGACAGCUUACUGGAGCGAACCACGUGCCAAAAGUCAGUCGUUGGAUCAGAUGGCUUUAGUU